AUGUCCUACCCCAAUCACUCCAGUCCCUCAUCCUUCAUCCUAACAGGCAUCCCUGGCCUGGAGGAUGCUCCAUUCUGGAUUGCCUUCCCGUUCUGCACCAUGUACUUCAUGGCAGUGCUGGGGAACAUCACAAUCCUCCUGAUUAGCAUGGACCCAAGCCUCCACCUGCCCAUGUUUUACUUCCUCUCCAUGCUGGCUGCCACUGACCUCAUGCUCACCAGUUCCACCAUGCCCAAGCUCUUGAGCAUCUUCUGGUUCCACUCCCACGAGACUGACUUUGAGAGCUGUGUGGGCCAAAUGUUCUUCAUCCACAGCUUCUCCACAGUGGAGCCAGGGGUCCUGCUCACCAUGGCCUUUGACCGAUACUUGGCCAUCUGCAAGCCUCUGCGCUACUCCGCCAUCCUGACUGGCCCCACCAUUGCCAAGCUGCGUUUGGCUGCUGUGGGGCACGGCAUCGCCAUCACCACCCCCGUGACAUGCAUGGUGGCCAGCCUGUCCUACUGUGCCCGCGUCAUUCACCACUCCUACAGUGAGCACACAUCUGUGGUGAAGCUGGCCUGCGGGGACACCCGGCCCAACAGCAUCUAUGGGAUCAUGGCUGCCACCACCGUGGUGGGCUCAGACUCCAUCCUCAUCGCUGUCUCCUACAUGCUGAUCCUGAGGGAGGUCAUAGGUCUCUCCUCCAGAGAGGCUUGACUGAAGUCCUUCAGCACCUGUGGCUCCCACAUCGGUGUCAUCCUGUUCUUCUGCACACCCGGGCUCUUCUCCUUCUACGCUCAGUGCUGGGGCCAGAGGAUUCCUGCACACCUCCACAUUCUGAUGUGUGACCUCUUCCUGCUGGUGCCUCCCAUGCUCAACCCACUCAUCUACGGGAUGAGGACCAAGCCGAUCUGGGAGCGGGUGAUGACCCUGCUCUGGCAGAAAGGGAUCCAGCCCACGUCCUGAUCCC